GCUUCCUAAGCUUAGCUCAGGCUUAGGAUUGCUCUUGAUUCCUUAUGAUGCGCAAUAUAACCUGAAUGUAUUGUAGAAGGCAUCGGACGACUGUACUUGGAUUAUCGGAGAAGGUCUUUCUUUCUUAUAAUGGUAUCCCAACUAUGGUGAGCACGAAAGGCUAUCACCAGAAAGGACCACGUCAGAACAGUUUGACUCGUAGAUAAUCAUUCCUUGUGUUUAUUUCAGUUCUUCGGUUUAUAUAGCUGUGACAAUAUUUGACUUAACCUAUUUUAACUAUAAGAGUAAAUGAGACAACAGUAGACGCUCUAGAGCAUCUUUGCAAAGUAGACAAUUUGGGUGCCUUGGUGGUCCUACCCAAAUUGUGCAAUUCGACACUUAUCGUUUUCGGGUGAGCUUGGUUUCGGACCGCACGCGGAGUGCGGGUACAAGUAUGAUUUUCUAUUGACGUUGUGUGGCGCUUUGCGCAUAUGUUUGUUAUUGCGUGGAUCUGCAUUUUCGGGUUCGAUACAAUUGCAAGGCUGAUGGCCUUUGGUUUAUUUGUGUUUAUGGGUUUUGGUAAUCAGUGGUUUUCAACCCACGACACCUUCCCCCUUUGGAAGAAUAAUGUAAUGAAAUGAAAUGAAAUGUUAUUAUUCGGUUAGUGUCAUUAUCCGGUUGUCUCUGUAUUAUAAUAUUUAUUUAUUUUUUUAAUUAUAUAUAUAUUUUUUUUCUUACAUUGUUUGGUUAUUAGAGCUUAGAUUAGAUUAAAGCUAGAAACCGAAUAUCUCACGUCUAACAUGGGUUAGACUUUUGACCUAUCUCUUUUUCACUUAUUUUUUCAUUUCUAUUUUUUUUUUUGAGAUUAGGCUCGGAUGUCUUAAGAUUAUCACUUCUUAGGAUAACACUGUCUAUUAACGUAAAGAUUUGAAUGCACAUUGAUUAGGUUUGUAUGUAAAAUGGAUUUUGGGUUAACUUUUACGUAAUAAUUCUGUUUUUAUGUACAGUUUGGGUUUCGUUUGAUGUUUCCUUUUUGAUUGUAACAUUUGGGUGAUUGAUGUUAAUAAUAGUAAAUGGUCCUGUGUAAACUGGGUCUAGUUUUCUUCGGUUUUCUUUCUUAAGCCAAACUUUGGUUCCUAGUUGGAUUUCUAUUGGGUUUGAAUUUUGUUUUUGUUUUGCUACUCUUUUUUCUUUGGAUUUUUCUAAUAUUGAUUUUGCUUUUUUCGCUGCAAUUUGUAAUUUAAACUGUAAUUCUUUGUAGUAGGCUUCAUAAUUGUAGAUUGGGUCGAUAGUACUAUUUUCAAACUUGGUUGGAUAAUUUACUUGAGUACCAAAGACAAGUUCAAAUGGUGCAAAAGAAUGUUCGGUGUGUGGUGUAGUUGUUAUAGAGGAAUGGCCUGAAGCUAUGAUCAAAGAAGCCUAUGUUAAUUAAGUUGUUUGACAUUAUACUUUUCUACAAUGAUUACUGUUCCAACCUCCGAAGUAAAUAGACCUAAACUACAACUAGUCUUUUAUUCAUUGGAGUUGUGACAAUUGGCGACGAGGAUGGGAUACUGCUCUACGGCGGAAACGAAAUCCAGACCUGGAAGAAAAUUCGACAAAUCGAAGACGAAAGAGUAUGUGAAGUCUAAAGGAAUUUCGGUGAAGCGUAUCGACCUCCAAGGAAAGAGGAAAUUCAUCACUCUUGGAAUCAACGGAAAUCAGGCGACGCUUCAACUGGAUUGUGCAUCGGAUAUCACGAUUAUCUCUACACCGACCUGGGAAGCAAUCGGGAAACCAACUAUCGAAACCUCGGAGAUCGCAGCUAUCAGCGCUUCCGGUGACAGAAUCAACAUCGUUGGCGAAUUCAAGGCCCAGCUUACCAUCAAGAAUUCAACAAACGAAGGUAUUGUCUACGUGUCAUCAAACCCAGAUUUGAAUGUCCUUGGAAUAGACACAAUCGAACUGUUCGAUCUGUGGGCUGUACCCUUCAAUUCGCUGGUGAACGCUGUCCAUCAAAAGCCGCAAGACACCGUUGAAAAACUCCGUUUGAAGUUCCCCGAAGUGUUCCAGAGCUCACUUGGUAAGUGCACAAAAGCAAAAGUGAAACUAUACCUGAAACCCGAUGCCCGUUCAGUGUACUGUCCAAAACGACCAGUCGCAUAUGCAGCACUUCCAAAGGUUGAUGCCGAACUCCAACGCCUUCAAGACAAGGGAAUAAUCUCUCCAGUGAAGUUUUCCGACUGGGCCACACCGAUAGUCGUGGUCCGGAAAUCUGACAACGUGUCCGUUCGAAUUUGUGGCGAUUACUCUACUGGACUGAACAAUGCGCUAGAAUCAGAUGGACACCCACUUCCGCACCCAGACGAUAUUUUCGCUGAUCUUGCAGGCUGCCGAUAUUUUUCCCAACUCGAUCUUUCGGAUGCGUACCUGCAAGUCGAGGUUGAGGAGGAAUCGCAAAAGUACCUGACCAUCAACACUCAUCGAGGACUGUUCAAAUACAACCGCUUGCCACCUGGAAUCAAGUCCGCCCCCGGUGCAUUUCAACGAAUCAUCGAUAGCAUGGUCGCCGGCAUUCCAGGAGUUAAACCGUAUCUGGAUGACAUCAUGAUUGCCGGUAGGACUAAGGAGGAACAUGACCAACGUCUCAAUGAAGUUCUGGAAAGGAUCAAGGCAUACGGAUUUCAUUUGAGGAUGGAUAAAUGCCGGUUUGGUCUCUCACAAAUCAAGUUCCUAGGACACAUCAUCGAUCAAGACGGUUUACGACCAGAUCCAGCGAAGACAAGUGCUAUUUCGCAGAUGCCAGCUCCCAAGAACGUGUCGCAGCUUCGAUCAUACCUUGGAGCCAUCAAUUAUUAUGGACGUUUCGUCAAGCAAAUGAAGGAUCUACGAGCACCCAUGGACUACUUGCUGAAGAAGAACGUUAAGUGGGAAUGGACGGAUAGCUGCCAGAAAUCGUUUGAGAAAUUCAAAACGCUGCUGAAAUCAGACCUGUUGCUGACCCAUUUUGACCCAAACAAGGACAUUAUUGUCGCAGGAGAUGCAUCAAAAGAUGGCGUAGGCGCAGUUAUUAUGCAUCGUUUUCCGAACGGAUCAGUGAAGGCUAUUUCGCAUGUUUCAAGAUCUCUCACCGCUGCAGAACAGAAUUACGGACAAAUUGAGAAAGAAGCCCUGGCUCUAGUGUUCGCUGUAACCCGCUUCCAUAAGAUGCUAUUCGGUCGGAAAUUUAUUUUGCAAACGGACCACAAACCGCUACUCAAGGUGUUUGGAAGCAAGAAAGGCAUUCCUGUAUACACUGCCAACCGACUUCAACGUUGGGCUUUAACACUGAUGCUGUACAACUUCGACAUCCAAUUUGUGAAAACUGAGGAAUUCGGACAUGCUGACUUGCUUUCAAGAUUGAUGAAGUGCCAUGAACGAGUCGACGAGGAGUAUGUCAUUGCUUCUAUACAGAUGGAAGCCGAUGUUCAAGCCGUUCUCAGUGAUUCCACAUCAAGUCUACCAGUGACGUCAGAAAUGAUCGCUGCUGAAAGCUCGAAGGAUUCCGCUCUGAAAUCAGUUAUGCUUCACAUAAACGAAGGUUGGCCCGAACAUUCCACGGAGAUUAGUGACGCAGCCGUCCAGCAGUUUUUCACUCGCCGGGACAGUCUUCAAAUCGUCCAAGGAUGCAUCAUGUUCGGAGAUCGAGUUGUUGUUCCUGUUCGUUUUCGGAAACGCAUUCUUCAGCAGCUACAUAGAGGUCACCCAGGAAUGGACCGGAUGAAGUCGCUUACAAGAAGUUUCGUCUACUGGCCCAAGAUUGAUGAUGACAUCGAAGGACUUGUCCGGUGCUGCAGAUCAUGUGCUGAAGCUGCCAAGUCACCUCGCAAAACGGAUUUGGAAUCGUGGCCUGUUCCAUCGAAGCCGUGGGAGAGAGUGCACAUAGAUUAUGCUGGCCCGAUUGACGGUUUCUACUAUUUUCUGGUAAUCGACGCUUUCUCAAAAUGGCCGGAAAUUUUUCGUACACGAAGCACUACCACAUCAGCGACGCUGGACAUACUUCAGGAAAUCUUUGCAAGAUUUGGUAAUCCAAGGACACUCGUUUCGGACAACGGAACGCAAUUUGUUAGCGCCCGCUUCAAGCAGUUUUGUGAUGAAAAUGGAAUAACGCACUUGACAAUUGCACCAUACCAUCCGCAGUCUAAUGGACAGGCUGAGCGCUUCGUAGACACCCUUAAGAGAGGACUCAAGAAGCUUCGAGAAGGAGGAAAAACCACGACGUUUCAGCAUCUUCAAACUUUCCUGUCCGUCUACCGGUCGACCCCGAAUCGAAGCGCACCUAAUGGCAAGUCUCCUGCAGAGCUUUUCCUUGGAAGAACUGUCUCUACACCGUUAGAUUUGCUGAAGCCUAGGAGAACUACCUCCGUAGCCGUGAACGACAAGCAAAACAAACAGUUCAAUCGACGUCAUGGGACCGUGAAAAGAGAGUUUUCUGCUGACGAUCUGGUAUAUGCGCAGAUUCACCAUCGAAAUGUGACCACUUGGGUUCCUGGCAAGAUCAUUGAGAGGAAAGGUUCUGUGAACUACAAUGUACUUUUGGACAAUGGUCGUCUUAUCCGCUCUCACACCAACCAAUUGAGAGGACGUCAUCUGGAAACUCAUCUGGAAACUUCCUUCGAAGAUGUCGAUGCAGAUCAUCAGCUACCAUGGACAAUGCUGCUUGAAGAAUUCAAUAUUCCUAUCCCAUGUUCAAUCAACCGCAAUGAUCCAAUCGAUGAACAUCCGCAGAAUCCGAUGGAGGUUCAACAUACAACCUGAAGAAAUGCUACCUCCGCUAAUUGAAGAAGAUGUUCCUGCAGACAAUGUUGAAGAUAAUGAACCCCAACCUACUAACAACCCGAUACGAAACCGAAGGCUUCCUUCGUGGCUCUCACCAUAUGAUCUUUUCUGAAGGGGGAGAUGUUAUAGAGGAAUGGCCUGAAGCUAUGAUCAAAGAAGCCUAUGUUAAUUAAGUUGUUUGACAUUAUACUUUUCUACAAUGAUUACUGUUCCAACCUCCGAAGUAAAUAGACCUAAACUACAACUAGUCUUUUAUUCAUUGGAGUUGUGACAGUAGUGUUAUAGAAAAAAGUAAAAUAUGGUAACCAUGAGUCCCAAUCAUCAUGUUGUUCAUUGAUGAAUUGCCUGAGGUAUUCGUUUAAACAACGAUGACUUCUUUCGAGAGCUCCUAUGGUUUCUGGAUGAUAUGCUGUGGAAAAUUUUUGGUCUAUUAUAAGAAUGUUACAGAUGUGUUGAAACGUUUCAUUUUUGUAUUCCGUACCCAUGUCGGAUUUGAUUGUCCUUGGGCAGCCAUAAAUUAAAAUAAAGUUUUCCACUAGAGCCUUGGCUAGUGUACUCGCUUGUUUAUCUACUAUAGGUACUGCAAUUAUAUAUUUCGUUAGAUCACAUUGUAUAGUCAAUGCGUAACGAUUUCCUUUAUUCGAUCUAGUAAGUGGUCCUACUGUAUCAAUUGAAAUUAAUUCAAAAGGUUUGGUAGGAGUAGUUGAUUUUUCGAAAUGUUCCUUUGUUUUAAUUUUAUGUUUAUUAAUUUUACAUGAAGUACAGUUCUUCACAUAUUUAGAAAUACUGUCUUUCAUAUUUUUCCAGUAAU